ACCGUGUGGGUACCGGCGGUGCGGUGGGAGUGUUGCGGGGUUGUGCGGUGCAGGCUGCUGCUGCUCGGGGGAGGUGCGGGAGCUGUCCGGUGCUGAGGGGGGAGAGGAUGAGCUCAGCGCCCGCCGGGGGGCAGCUUCUCCUUCCUCUAUUGCCGCUCGCCUUGACAUGGGAUGAUAUGGGAUUUUACAUGUCGACGAAGAUCCGGGGGAUUCUCGCGUUUGCUCUGGUGUUCCUGUCCGUCUCGGUGUCAGGAGACUCACCAGACGUCAGGUGCGAAAAGGUUUACAGGGACUUUUCCUUCUGUGUCCUGGAGCUGGGAGAGAGCAUGGACAACUAUCAGGAGAACGUGACCAGUGAGACUGGAGUGGCGGCCGUGUGCAGCCACUGGGAAGCUUUCCACACAUGUGCCCUCACAGCGCUGUCCGACUGUCAGGAGGAAGUCAGCUCCAUCUGGGAGACGCUGAGGCAGGACUCCAGGAAGAUGCGCUUCCAGGGAAGUCUGUUCGACCUGUGUAGCCCCAGCUCUGCUCCCGGCAUAUGUCCAAAUCUCGUGGCACUUACUCUGCCACUGGUGCUGAUCGUGACUGGGUCCAGCUGGCCCACUGUAUAGAUGGGGUCGGGGUGAGGGUGAGUGUGAGGAGAGGGGAGAGGGAAGGAGGGCCUCACAUUCCCCCUGGGUUCAGUCCUCCUGAGUUCAAACUUAAAGCCAAGGAUUUAAGAGAGACAAAUGUUUUAACAAGGAUUAUUUUGACACAGAGCCACGGACGCCUGUGGCAAGCCAAUCAAUACUUGCUGUGAUGAAUAAUGUUUGAAAUCCUCUCAAAUACUUCAGCUUGAUCUCUACUUACGUCCAGACGCUGGUGCAGUGGUGGAGAAAAUUACCUUUCUGCCAAUUUAUCAGUCCAGGCACACUAAAGCAAAAUUCCAAGUACUGUAGGGAUUUCACAUUCAAUGAAGACCAGAGUCUGACACCUCUGUCUCUCGGUCAACACUACACAAUAGGUGGGACAAAAUAAUGUGGAUACCUGUAUCAGCUAAAGCAAAACAGAAAUGCAACAGUAUAUUUGUGAAGAUUAUAAAGUAAUGAAAAGUUUUAGCGGCAUCAAAAUUAGUUUGAUGGAUACACUGACUUGGAAUAGAGAGAAUGGUGUCGCUUUCAUUGCUGCUCCUCAACCUGAACGUGUGUACUUGCUCUAUGUAACUUUGGUGAUCAGGUAUGAUUAAGAUCAGUGUGGAACUGUUUAUCUCAAAUAUUCAGCGAGGAAACUUUAAAAAUAUGAAGAAUCUAAACAGAGUUUAGCAGCUCCUCUGUUUCAGGAGGCCUGGGAUCAUGGGUAACGUCCACUGUUCAGUUGUGUUUCAGUUCAGUGAGUGGCACGACACAAUCAGAGCUCCUCAUAGGCUUAGAUUUUUUGUCUAUACAAAAACCAUUUAACUCACUCGGACAUGGAGCACAACAGAAUGAAUAACCACAUGUGGCUGUAGAGGGCGCUGUUGCUCAGUAAAAGUUACAUAGUGUUGCUUUAACACUGAGGUCGUUUCUAAAGAAGUAUUUGUUGAGCACUAGUUUU